AUGAGGCAAUGUACUCAAGAUAUGAACAUAGUCUACGAUGAGUUAAUUGUUCAAUACUUUGAUCUACUAUCCCUCGUUUACGGCCGCGCUCUCAGAACCGAAGAGACAGUGGCCACAAAAGCUAUCAGGACAGGUUUCAAUGGUACUGGCUACGAAAGCAUUACUGGAUUUACUUAA